CCAGAUCGGUUACUGUCGGCCAUCUUUUGUAAACGGUUUUUUUAUUUUUUUAUUUUUCCCCCAUUCUGUGGCAUAACCAUCGGUAGACAACCGUUUUUCGUUUAUUUCCGUGGUCGACCGUCAACGUUCGUCGUCGUCAUUGUUGUCGUCAGUCCGCGGUCUUUUUCACCAACUCCCGUCGGUAACACUAUGGCGAACACGAAUCGGUAAAAAAAUCGAAAAUCGAUCUAACCGCACAACAGUACCCGCCAAUCCUGUCACCUAUCGGACACGGACUAUCGCGUAGUCUGCGCAUCUCGUCGUUCGCGCGAAUUGUGUUUCCACAGUUUCUGGUUGUUAUUACCAUAUUAAUAUCUCGUUGAAACGUGCGCCUGGACCAACGCCGGGCCAACUAGUUCUAAAGACUACGAAUAAAAUCGACAGAGCACUGUAAACAAAAUUCGAUAGCCAAAACUACUAUCGCCGGUAUGGCGUCCGUAGAAAAUGGAGGAACACCUCCAGCACCUCCUAGGGCAAAAAAGACUGCUGUUGAAGAGAUAUACCAAAAGAAGUCGCAACUUGAACAUAUAUUACUUCGACCCGAUACUUAUAUUGGCUCAGUAGAACCGGUUACAGAGUCUAUGUGGGUUUAUGAAUCUGAACAAGAUUGUAUGGUCCAAAGAGAAAUAACUUACGUACCUGGGUUAUAUAAGAUUUUUGAUGAAAUAUUGGUGAAUGCAGCUGAUAAUAAACAGAGAGAUCCGUCAAUGGAUACAAUUAAGAUUGAAAUCAAUCAGGAAGAAAAUGUAAUAUCUGUUUGGAACAAUGGUCAAGGUAUACCUGUUGUUGAACAUAAAGACGAAAAAAUGUAUGUUCCUACAAUGAUUUUUGGACAUCUUUUAACUAGUUCAAAUUAUAAUGAUGAAGAAGCAAAAGUAACUGGUGGUAGAAAUGGAUAUGGUGCUAAGCUUUGUAAUAUAUUCAGUAAUAAAUUUACUGUUGAGACAGCUAGCCGUGAAUAUCAGAAAGCAUUUAAACAGACUUGGGCAGAUAACAUGGCAAAAUCUUCUAAUCCAGCUGUAAAAGAAGUUAAAGCUAGUGAUUAUACCAAAGUAACAUUUAGUCCUGAUCUUACAAAAUUCCAUAUGACCUGUCUUGAUAAAGAUAUUGUUGAUUUAAUGUCACGACGUGCUUAUGAUAUUGCAGCAUCAACUCGUGGAGUAAAAGUUUACUUAAAUAAAAAAUUACUUCCUAUCAAAAGCUUUCAAGAUUAUGUAAAUUUGUAUAUCAAAGGAAAAGAAGACGAAAUAGGGAAUCCUUUAAAAAUAGUGUAUGAAAAUGCUGGACAACGAUGGGAAGUUGCAGUUACUUUAUCAGAUUCUGGUUUUAAACAAGUGUCUUUUGUCAAUAGUAUUGCUACAACUAAAGGCGGUAGACAUGUAGAUUAUGUCACGGAUAUGAUUGUGAAACAAUUAGUGGAUAUUGUAAAAAAACGUAACAAAGGCGGAAUGGAUUUGAAAAAUCAUCAAGUAAAAAAUCAUCUCUGGGUAUUUGUAAACUGUUUAAUUGUUAAUCCUACAUUUGAUUCUCAAACAAAAGAGCAUAUGACUUUACAAGUAAAAGCUUUUGGAUCAAAAUGUACAUUAAGUGAAAAAUUUAUUAACUCUGUAUCCAAAUGUGGUAUCGUAGAAGCAGUUUUAACUUGGGCUAAAUUUAAAGCUCAAACUCAAUUACAAAAGCAAAGUGGUAAAAAGCAUAGUAAACUCAAAGGAGUACCAAAAUUAGAAGAUGCUAAUGAUGCGGGUACAAAAAAUUCAGUAGAUUGUACAUUAAUAUUAACAGAAGGAGAUUCAGCUAAAUCUUUAGCAGUUUCUGGACUUGGUGUAGUUGGACGUGAUAAAUAUGGAGUUUUCCCACUUAGAGGUAAAUUGUUGAAUGUCCGUGAAGCUUCUCAUAAACAGAUUAUGGAAAAUGCAGAAAUAAAUAAUAUUGUAAAAAUUGUUGGGUUACAAUACAAGAAGAAAUAUGAAACUAUUGAAGAUUUAAAGACUUUGAGAUAUGGUAGAUUAAUGAUAAUGACUGAUCAAGAUCAGGAUGGGUCGCAUAUUAAAGGAUUGAUAAUUAAUUUUAUUCAUCAUAACUGGCCAUCUCUGUUAAAACUACCAUUUUUAGAAGAGUUUAUAACACCUAUAGUGAAGGCUUCUAAAGGCAAAGAAGAAAUCUCAUUUUACUCAUUACCAGAGUUUGAAGAAUGGAAAGAUGCCACAAGAACUUGGAAUAAAUAUAAGAUAAAGUACUACAAAGGUUUGGGUACCUCUACUUCAAAGGAGGCUAAAGAAUACUUUCAAAAUAUGAAACGGCAUAGAAUAUUAUUUAAAUAUGAAGAUAAUAAUGAUGGUGAACAUAUUGAAAUGGCUUUCAGCAAAAAGUGUGUAGAUGCACGUAAAGAAUGGUUAACUAAUUGGAUGAUUGAAAGUAAGAGACGUAAGGAAGCUGGGUUAGCUGAAGAUUAUUUAUAUGAGAAGAAUACCAAGUCUGUGACUUAUAAAGAUUUUGUAAAUAAGGAAUUAGUUUUGUUCAGCAACAUGGACAAUGAACGUUCUAUAGCAUCUGCCAUUGAUGGAUUAAAACCUGGAUCUCGAAAAGUCUUGUUUACUUGUCUUAAAAGAAAUGAUAAACGUGAAAUUAAAGUUGCACAAUUGGCUGGUUCUGUUGCUGAACACUCUGCUUAUCAUCAUGGUGAAAUGUCUCUAAUGUCUACCAUUGUUAAUUUAGCUCAUAACUAUGUAGGAAGUAACAACAUCAAUUUGUUGCAACCUAUUGGUCAGUUUGGUACCAGACUUCAGGGUGGCAAAGAUGCAGCUAGUGCCAGAUAUAUUUUCACAAUGCUAAGUCCAUUGGCCCGAUCUAUUUUUCAUCCUCACGAUGAUCCAUUGUUAACAUAUCUUCGAGAUGAUAACCAAAAGAUUGAACCGAUUUGGUAUAUGCCUAUUAUUCCUAUGGUUUUGGUUAAUGGUGCAGAAGGUAUUGGAACAGGAUGGAUGACCAAAAUACCUAAUCAUAAUCCUAGAGAAAUUGUUGCAAACUUAAAACGUAUGAUGAGGGGUGAAGAAAUAUUGCCUAUGAAACCUUGGUUUAAAAAUUUUAUUGGACAAAUUGAAAAAAUUUCUGAACAAAAGUUUAUUUCUAGUGGUGAAGUGGGAAUAAUAGGACAUAAUAAAGUAGAAAUCACAGAACUUCCUGUUGGAGUUUGGACUCAAAAUUAUAAGGAAAGUGUGUUAGAAACUAUGUUAUCUGAUACUGAAAAAUCUCCUUCUGUGAUUAGUGACUACAAGGAGUACAAUACUGAUACUACUGUCAAAUUUGUUGUUUCUAUGAAUCCCCAAAAACUUCAAGAAGUAGAAAAUGAGGGCAUCCAUAAGUUUUUCAAAUUACAUUCAUCUCUUUCUUUGACUUCUAUGUGUGCAUUUGACAAAGAUUGUGUAUUAAAAAAAUAUGAAUCUACUAAGGAAAUAUUGCAAGACUUUUACACUGUUAGAUUAGAAUUUUAUGGUAAACGUAAGGCAUAUUUAGAAGGAAUAUUAGGUGCUGAAGCAGCUAAAUUGACUAAUCAAGCUAGAUUUAUUGUUGAGAAAUGUGAUGGAAACUUAAGAAUUGAGAAUCGUAAGAAAACUGAAAUGAUUAAAGAAUUGGUUAGACUAGGUUAUAACAGUGAUCCUGUUAAGGCUUGGAAGUUAAUUCAAGAUAGGGAAUCUGUAAUGUUAGAUGAAGCUCAGGAAAGAGUUGCUGAAGAUACUGAAGAAGAUGAAACAGCUCCAUCAACUAGUGCUUCAUCCAAAGAUGAUGAAAAUAUGGACUUUGAUUAUUUGCUUGGUAUGUCAUUCUGGCAUUUAACUUUGGAAAAAAAGAAUGAGUUAUUAAGAAAAAAAGAAGAAAAAUGUACAGAACUAGAUAUUUUGAAGAAGAAAACUCCAAUUGAUAUUUGGAAUGAAGAUUUAGAUGAAUUUUUGAUUAAAUUGGAAGAGGUUGAAGAAAAGGAGAGAUUAGAUGAAUUAGGUGAUGAAGGAGGAAAAACAAAAGGUGCUAAAAGUGGUAAGCUAGCUAUAAGUAACAAGAAAAAAAUAAAUCUAGUUUCUGAUUCUUUGCCAUCACCUGCUGCAAGACGUAUCAUUCCUAAAAUUGAUGCUGAAAUGGUUAAAAAAGAAGAGAAAUUAAUAGCUGCUAAAGGAAAACGUAUCGAGAGAAAGAAAAAAGGUGAUGGUGAUGCUGAAGGAGGUGAAGAUGAAGUAAAAAAAGAAAAGAAAGCGGCUACUAAAAAAAAAGAUGCUUUAAAACAAACCAAAUUAAAUUUUGAUAAAAUAGAUGAUGGUAUUAAAUUUGAAAAUGAUUUUGAUGAUAUUAAAGUAUUAGAUUCACCUCCUCCACCCCCGAGAACAGUUUCAAAACGACAAGCUGCUGCAAAUAUAUCGUUUAAAUUUGAAAGUGGUGAUGAAGACGAUCCAGGAAAUAUAUCUGACCAAAGUGAUGCUUUUAAAAUUUCAACGCCCAAAAUAUAUUCAGAUGAAUCUUUAUCUGAUGAUGAGUUUUUACCCAAAAAGAAAAAAGAGUCUCCAAAGAAGGCUGCUAAAAAGGAACCUGCUACUAAAAGAGCACCAGCUGCUAAAAAGAUACCAGUUAAAAAAAACAAUGGUACAUCUGAAAACAUUUUACCAUCAGAUGCUGAACCUCCAAAAUCACUUCCUACUAAAAGAACAGCUGCUAAAAAGAAGCCCAUAGUAGAAUUGAGUGAUGAUGAUGAAUUAAUAUCUGAAUCCAAACCAGAAAAAAAACCUAGAGCUGCUGUUCCAAAAUCUAAACGUAAAUUAAGCUCAUCAGAUUCAGAUGAUGUAUUCAAAUCUUCGUCCACUAAUAGUAAACCUCAAAAAUCAUUUGAUGAUUUAUUUGGAGAAACUAAUUCGAAAAAACUUGUGAUGUCUGAUGAUGAUGAUGACUACAAUAUGUCUGCUGAUUCAGAUGAAUCUUUUGUUCCUAAAUCAAAAAUGAAGAAAAAGGUAUCACCUAAACAAUCUUCUAGAAAACCACCAGCAAAGAAGAUUAAAGCAAAAUCACCUUUUGAAUCGGGUUCAGAUUAGAACUAAUGUAUCUAAAUAAUUCAUAAUCUUUUAAUAUUAUAUAGUUAUGUUCUUUUUUUUUUAUAACCUUCAUACAUUUAUUUCUCUGAUAAGAUAUAAAACUUUUGAAUUACGUUGUUUACGCUCAGUAUAUACUAUUACUGUUUAUUGCAUUUUAAGGAACAUUUGAUUAAUUUUAAAAACCUAUGUAUAAGUUCUACAAUUAUAUGUAUAUUUUUAUUA